CCGUGGCUCUCACUUCGCCAAGUGCCGCUGGAGUUAGCUUUCAUCGUGGGUCCGCGGGUGCUCCAGCUCCAUGGCGCUCCUCGUGCGGCUGCUGACCCUCACUCUGGCACUGGCUCUGGGUCCCGCCGGGACCCUUGCGGGCCCUGCCAAGUCUCCCUACCAGCUGGUGCUGCAGCACAGCCGGCUCCGGGGCCGCCAACACGGACCUAACGUGUGUGCUGUGCAGAAGGUCAUUGGUACCAACAAGAAAUACUUCACCAACUGCAAGCAAUGGUACCAGAGAAAGAUCUGCGGCAAGUCCACAGUCAUCAGCUAUGAGUGCUGCCCUGGCUAUGAAAAGGUCCCAGGAGAGAAAGGCUGUCCAGCGGCUCUUCCACUCGCCAACCUGUACGAGACCAUGGGAGUUGUGGGCUCCACCACCACCCAGCUGUACACAGACCGCACAGAGAAGCUGAGGCCGGAGAUGGAGGGACCGGGCAGCUUCACCAUCUUCGCCCCCAGCAACGAGGCCUGGUCUUCGUUGCCUGCGGAAGUGCUGGACUCUCUCGUGAGCAACGUGAACAUUGAGCUGCUCAACGCCCUCCGCUACCACAUGGUGGACAGGCGGGUCCUGACUGAUGAGCUGAAGCACGGCAUGACCCUCACCUCCAUGUACCAGAACUCCGACAUCCAGAUCCAUCACUACCCCAAUGGGAUUGUCACGGUUAACUGUGCCCGGCUGCUGAAAGCUGACCACCAUGCGACCAACGGUGUGGUGCAUCUCAUUGAUAAGGUCAUUUCCACCGUCACCAACAACAUCCAGCAGAUCAUUGAGAUUGAAGACACCUUUGAGACACUCCGGGCCGCUGUGGCUGCAUCAGGACUCAACACCCUGCUGGAGGGUGAUGGACAGUUCACAUUCUUAGCCCCAACCAAUGAGGCCUUUGAGAAGAUCCCCGCUGAGACCUUGAACCGGAUCCUGGGUGACCCGGAGGCCCUGAGAGACCUGCUGAACAACCACAUCCUGAAGUCAGCUAUGUGCGCUGAGGCCAUUGUUGCUGGGCUGUCCAUGGAGACCCUGGAAGGCACCACCCUGGAGGUGGGCUGCAGCGGGGACAUGCUGACCAUCAACGGGAAGGCUGUCAUCUCCAACAAAGACGUCCUGGCCACCAACGGGGUCAUCCAUUUCAUUGACGAGCUGCUCAUCCCAGAUUCAGCCAAGACAUUGCUUGAGCUGGCUGCAGAAUCUGAAGUCUCCACGGCCAUCGACCUCCUCAGACAGGCUGGCCUCAGCUCACAUCUUUCUGGGAAAGAGCAGCUGACCUUCCUGGCCCCUCUGAAUUCUGUGUUCAAAGAUGGCACACCUCACAUUGAUGCCCAAAUGAAGACUUUGCUUCUGAACCACCUGGUCAAAGAACAGCUGGCCUCUAAGUAUUUGUACCACGGACAGACGCUGAACACACUGGGCGGCAAAAAACUGCGAGUUUUUGUUUAUCGAAAUAGCCUCUGCAUUGAAAACAGCUGCAUUGCUGCCCAUGACAAGCGGGGCCGGUACGGGAGCCUGUUCACCAUGGACCGGAUGCUCACCCCCCCAAUGGGGACCAUUAUGGAUGUCCUGAAGGGAGACAACCGUUUUAGCAUGCUGGUGGCUGCUAUCCAGUCUGCAGGCUUGAUGGAGACCCUCAACCGGGAAGGGGUCUACACUGUUUUUGCUCCCACAAAUGAAGCUUUCCAAGCCAUGCCUCCAGAAGAACUGAACAAACUCUUGGCAAAUGCCAAGGAACUUAGCAACAUCCUGAAAUACCACAUUGGCGAUGAAAUCCGGGUGAGCGGAGGCAUCGGGGCCCUUGUGCGGCUCAAGUCCCUCCAAGGAGACAAGCUGGAAGUCAGCUCGAAAAACAAUGUCGUGAGUGUCAACAAGGAACCCGUUGCCGAAGCUGACAUCAUGGCCACAAAUGGUGUGGUCUAUGCCAUCAACAGUGUUCUGCAGCCACCAGCCAACCGACCACAAGAGCGAGGAGAUGAGCUGGCGGACUCUGCCCUUGAAAUCUUCAAACAAGCAUCAGCAUUUUCCAGGGCUGCCCAGAGGUCUGUGCGGCUCGCCCCUGUCUAUCAGCGGUUACUGGAGAGGAUGAAGCAUUAGCAACAAGGACCAAGGAGGAGUGUGCCGCAGCCGCUUCUUGCCGGUUUCCCUCAGUUUGCCAAAGAGACCAUUGAAUGUUUCGGAAACCAAAUAUCCCAUUUUAACAUACAUGGGCUGCGCCAUAUUCGAUCAGAGCCUUGGAUGGGUAGGGAAGGGGUGAAGGAGAGACAGGGUCUUUCUAGCUUUGGAUCCUUCUAAUCAUGGCUGUUGACCCACUGAAUGCACAUCUCUGGCAGUCAUUGCCUGGCACGAACUUCCAAAGAAGGACCUCUCCGAAGCCUGGGAUAUCCUGACUGUGCCAAGGGCCUGGAAAAAAGGGAGCUGCAGCAUUUUGGAGCUCACAAUGUGAAUCAAACAGUUAGUUCAGCACUCUGGAAAGCCCUGGCAUGGUUCUGUAAGGCUCUUGUACAGCUGGAGAAACGGCAUCACUAUAAGCUAUGAAUUGAAGUGUUUCCGUCAAAUGUCUUGUAUCUAGCCAUGGCUUGGACGCUUCGAUCUGACCCUUCCCAGGUAGAAAAGAAAGAGUGUGUAGAACAUGUAGAAUCCAGAUUACCUGAGUGUGAUGGAGCUGUGGUAUGUUUGUAAUAAUAAAACUGAAGAAAUGUA